AUGAGGCUCCUACCUGCACUGGCUUUCACCCUUCUUCUCUGCGCCUCGUGCGUAAGGGCAGACGAGCAAAAGGUUGAAGAAGAAGUUAAUGAAAAAGUUGAGGAACAUGUCGAGAAAAAAGAGGAGGACAAUUCUGAGACGGAUCCAGAACCAGUAAAGACGGACGAAAUUACAGAGGAGAAAAACGUCAUGGUCCUUCAUAGCGUCAACUUCGACAGGGCGUUGAAUGAGAACAAGUACCUGCUCGUGGAGUUUUAUGCCCCGUGGUGUGGUCACUGUCGUUCUUUGGAGCCCAUAUAUGCUGAGGUGGCCGAACAGCUCAAGAAAGAGUCUUCAGAUGUACGACUGGCCAAAGUAGAAGCGACAGAUGAAAGGGAACUUGCCAAAGAGUUCAACGUCGACGGAUUCCCCACAAUUAAAUUCUUCAAAGACGGCAACAGGCAAAGCGUCACAGAUUUUACUGGGAAGCGAACUGUUAAGGGUAUCAGGAGAUGGCUGGAGCGACACACAGGACCGAGCGCUACUGUUCUCAGUGAUGUAAAGAGCGCAAAGGAACUGCUGGACUCAAACGACGUGGUUGUGGUCGGAUUCUUUCAGGAUCUUGAAGGGGAGGAGGCAAAGACUUUUUAUGAUGUAACUUUAACAAUAGUGGACAUCAACUUUGGCAUGACAAGUAAUCCAGAGCUCUUUAAGAAGUAUGAUGUGAAGGGCGAUGCAGUGGUGCUCUUUAAAAAGUUCGAUGAUAAGCGUGCAGACAUGUUGCUUUCCAAAGAUGAAAAGCUAGACAAAGAUGACCUGAUUUCCUUCAUCAAUUCCAACCGUGUAGAGCUUGUCAUAACAUUCAAUGAAGAGAAUGCUGAAAAUAUUUUUGGCUCCAAGAUACAUAAGCACUUUAUUCUAUUCAUAAAUUCAACUGUGGAAUCCCACAAUGCACUGCUGGAGGAUUUUAGAGCCGUUGCCAGCGAGUUUAAGGACAAAGUGCUCUUCAUCAAGCUUGACAUUUCAUCUGACAAAGUGAACCACGUGCUACAAUACUUCAGUCUUUCUGAAAAGGAUGUUCCUAUUACUCGCCUCAUCAACACAGAGACCGUGAUGAAAUACGCAAUGAAUGGCACAGUCAUCAAUAAAGACACAUUAAGAACAUUUUGCCAGGGAGUACUGGAUGGUACAGUACAGCCUCAUUUGAAGAGUCAAGAAAUUCCAGAAGACUGGGACAAGAAUCCUGUCAAAGUCCUUGUAGGGAAGAACUUUGCCGAAGUGGCUUUUGAUGACACUAAGAAUGUCUUUGUGGAAUUCUAUGCUCCGUGGUGUGGCCACUGUAAAGAACUGGCGCCUAUCUGGGAUGAGUUGGGUGAGAAGUACAAAGAGCAUGAGAAUAUAAUCAUUGCUAAAAUGGAUGCCACGGAAAAUGAGGUGGAGGAGGUCUCAGUACAGGGAUUUCCCACGUUUAAAUACUUUCCUGCUGUGGCUGAAAAGAAGAUCGCCGACUACAAUGGACAGAGGGAUUUAGAGACUUUCUCAAAAUUCCUAGAUAAUGGUGGAGUGUUACCAGAAGUAGAGGAUGGAGUUGACGAAGAUGAUGAUGAGGAUAAAGAUGAUGUAUCAGCUGAACCGACCGAAGAGUCACCAAAAUCUACCAAUGAAACCAGCAAGGAUGAGCUGUAAAACAAGAUAAAUCAACAGAAAUCAAUGCCAGGAUGAGCCCAUGUAUUUUAUCGCAAUAUCAUUUCUUCUGCACUUGACAAUUUCAACAAAUUGAAUAAAAAAUAACUUAAUAACA